CCGUGGACGAGCCAUUAUAGUUCUGUCAGCCUAACAUGCUAAACUCUAGCACGAUGCAGAACCAACAGACUUACUUGCAGCGGCUGUUUUCUAUGAAAGACCCGCGAACGAAAGACUGGACUACGUUGACGGAUGCGCGUUACAUUGCAGCCCUCCUACUCGCGUACCUGUACAUGGCCAAGAUCUGGGGUCCCAGGUUCAUGAAGGACCGCAAGCCCUACGAGCUCAGCCGACUCAUCCAAGUGUACAACGUGUUCCAAGUGCUCGCCAACGUCUACUUCUGCUCGAGAAUCGCCUACAUCGCCUACGCCAAGCUCGGAUACUCACCUUACUGCCAGGGGCUAAACUACGCGAACGACAAAGACUCGAUCGCUCUGCUCGAGCAUCUCUACUAUUAUCUCCUGGUCCGGAUUGUCGAUUUCGCGGACACGCUCUUUUUCGUGCUCAAGAAAAAGUUCACGCACAUCACUCAGCUGCACGUGAUCCAUCAUACGAUUGUUGUGUUCUCGGGCUGGCAGUUCAUGCAAUUCGGAGCCGACGGACAAUCAGUGCUCGGAGUGUGUCUCAAUUCCACGAUUCACGUCAUCAUGUACUCGUACUACUUCCUCGCUUCCCUCGGACCCCAAGUGCAGAAGUACCUCUCGUGGAAAAAGUACCUCACCACCAUACAGAUCGUGCAGUUCUUCAUCAUGAUCGGCCACGGACUGAUCCCGGCCUUCGUCGACUGCGGCUAUCCGAGAAUCCUGCUUUCUCUGGCACUCCCGCAAGUUUUCCUCAUACUGGUGCUCUUCAUCAACUUCUACGUCAAGUCCUACGUCGUGAAGAGCAAGCGUAUGCCAGCACACGCAGUUGGCGGAGAGGGGGCUCCUCCGAAGAAGGUGCAAUAGGUCGUUCCGCGAGUCGAUGGGAUGAGACAUCUUCUGAAAUGAGCUCGAUCCGACGACGUUCCACCAGGAGUAUUCCUCCUAGGAAUCACUUCACUAGACACAUACUCAUUAUUUCAUCUUGAACGGAUAUCACUCUACGCAUCAGAGGAUUUCAAGCUCACAGUACUUUGUACCGUAUAUGGCGGGUCGCGUCAGCUCCACGCAGUGGAAUCCGUAGCGAUCCACAAGAACACUUUUUCUCAUCUGAAAUUCGGAUACAUCUGCAUAAUGUCACCGAGUUUCCCUCGAAACCUUGAACAGGGUCUCCCAAAGCAGUCAGGGACUCCCCGCGUGCAUGUUCUCUACUUGUAGGAACUGGCCAAAUGGGUGCGGUGUUGUUCUCGGAUACGCUUCGUAUCGAAUUAGAUAGCCUCGACGAGCAAGAAGCGAAAACAGAGCGGAGACCCGUUGGCGGAACGGCUCCGCCGUCGCCGGUGCUCGAUGAGGACGUUCGGGGGAAGCUUUGAUGGUGCCGUAGAAUGCCCAGUAAACAAUGAAAGCAAGCAUGUAGUAUUCCGCCGAAAUCAGCAGCUCAAAUGUGAUUUAUGGAGGAGGCCACCACUAGUUUGAGGUGGGCAGUCACGGAAAUUCGGAAUCGUUCCUCAAUUCGGCCUCUACGGGAGAGACUCGAAGUGUGAUGGGACUCGAUCUCACAAAAGGAGUAAAAUGUAGGCAUUCUUUCUAGAAACACAAUAGACGAUGUUCGCUCGAAAUAAACAUUCUUCC